AUUUGAUCCCCACACUCAUACAUCAAUCAACCGCCUCUUCAGAGUACGAAUAGAAAGAUCGCGGUACGAAGGUCCCAUACCAUCCAUCUGCCAUCCCGACGCAGUCAACCCCACAGCGACAACAUCGACAAGGUCUGGCCAGUCUAGAACGUACAGCGUCGUCAUUUCCUCAAUCCUCAAUCAUCAUAAUCCCCCUACCUACAUACAUAAGGGAUACAUCACAUCGAUCCCUCCACGAGCACAAAUACGAUAACAACCGCGACUACAUAACCAGCGAGGAGAAGCACUCGACCAACCUUCCCUCUCUUCCUCCCUCCCUCAUCUCCCCCAUCCCCCUCUCCCACCAACAACGACCAACCUAAACGAUGGCCCCCCAACCUACCACCACCUCCCCCUCCUCUCUCCCCCCAUUCAUCUCCCACCUCACCACCCUCUACAACAUAUACAUCCACCCGCAUCUCCCACCCACAGUCCAAACCAUAAUCGACCGAUCCACACCUAUGCUCUCAUCCCUCCUCUCAUCGACCCUCUCCGGCGACUUCAGCUCCUUGAUCAUGACCGCUGUGGUCCUAUACUUCACACUAAGAGUGGCCGAUUAUCUACGUCGUAGCGUUAUGGCGUGGAUAAUGUUUUUUGUCAAGAUUGCGAUUUUAUUGGUGCUGGUUAAUGUUGCGUUGUAUGUUAAUCGUGUGGGCGUGCAGAAGGCAUAUGAUGAUGGUGUGUGGUUGGCGAGGAUGGCGUGGAAGGCCGGGGAGGAGGUAUUAGGGAAUGAUACCGCCGGGACAUGGGAGAAUGUGGUUAAUAGGUUUGGUGGAAAUGGUGCUGGUGGCCUCGGAUUUGGUGCUGGAAAUGGUGGUGGGUGGACUCAAGGGGGGAGACAGCAGGUGCCGUUGGGAACUGGGGAGAGGAAACGACGUGGCAGUGGUGGUGGGUCGUGGACUUGAGGAAAUCAGGUACUCUUGAUGACGGGAUCACAAGGGAAAGUCUAU